AUGGAUCCAGAAAGUGCUCCUGGACCAGAUGGUUUUUCAGGCAUAUUUUACAGAAGCUGUUGGGAUAUAAUCAAAACUGACUUAGUUGAUGCUAUUCAAUUCUCUUGGAGGAGGAAAUUUAUACCCAAAGGAAUGAAUUCAAGUUUCUUAGUCUUAUUGCCUAAAAAUCAAGGUGCAAAAGCUGCAAAUCAGUUUAGGCCAACUGGCUUAAGUAAUGUGGUUUUUAAAAUCUUCACAAAGUUGAUCACCAGUAGGAUGUGUGGGUUAAUGAAGAAGUUAAUAUCUUCUCAGCAGGCUGCUUAUGUUCAUGGGAGAAGCAUUCAUGAACAAGUAAUGCUGGCAUCUGAACUUGUGAAUGAAAUGAAAUUUAAAAGAAGAGGAGGAAAUGUUGGAAUCAAGCUUGAUAUUUCCCAAGCCUAUGAUACAGUUAGUUGGGAGUUCCUAAUUAAAGUUAUAAGGAAAUAUGGAUUUUCCUCAGCUUGGUGUGAAUGGUUGAUUACUCUAUUCAGAUCAGCAAGAAUUUCAGUGAUGGUCAAUGGUGGUCCAUGUGGUUUUUUUCAAGUUGAGAGGGGAUUAAGGCAGGGAGACCCAUAUCUCCAAUUUUGUUUGUGUUAA